GUAAGCCCAGCAACAACAAACUCAACAGGGCUUUAUAUAAGCUUUGUGGCCUUGUGGGGCUCUUCAAACUUCAAACAACACAACCAAAUUGAUCACCAACUGUUUGUUAAAAGGCCUGAGCCAUUUCUACCGCUGCUCUAUUGUCAUUAUUCACAUGGGGAGGCAACCUUGCUGCGACAAACUUGGAGUUAAAAAGGGUCCCUGGACGGCCGAAGAGGACAAGAAGCUCAUCAAUUUUAUUCUCACCAAUGGUCAGUGCUGCUGGCGGGCCGUCCCCAAGCUCGCAGGCCUCCGCCGCUGCGGUAAGAGCUGUCGCCUCCGCUGGACCAACUAUCUCCGCCCCGACCUUAAGCGAGGCCUCCUCACCGAAGCCGAAGAGCAAUUGGUCAUCGAUCUUCACGCCCGUCUCGGAAACAGUAAUGUAUGGGAAGAAGACAAACUUCAGUCUAAAGCAUUCAAUUUGGGGACAGCAGAAACGUCAGCUUCUAAUCCAAAUUUUGCAUCUUGGCCUUCAAAUACUAUAUGGUCCAAGAUUGCGGCUAGAUUGCCGGGAAGAACGGACAACGAGAUAAAGAAUCACUGGAACACACACAUAAAGAAGAAGCUUCUCAAAAUGGGGAUUGAUCCUGUCACUCAUGAGCCCAUCAAAAAACAGCCAGAGGAGACCACUGAUCAGUCCCCAAAGGCCAACACCAACAACGCCAAGAAGGAAAAUUCCGGGGAAAACGACAGCGUUUUGGAGAACUCAAGCUCCUCGCCGGCGACGGAGAACAGCAGCUCCGCCGCCACCGACGACUCCCUUCUUCUAGAAAAUCUCUACAACACAAGCAGCAACUUUUGGAUUGAGGAAGAAGCGCUUUGGAACAACCACAACCCACCAGCAGCAAAUGGAGCCAAUAAUUUUGUGUGGGAGGAAAAUAAUUGCUCAUGGCUUCUGGAUUGCGAGGAUUUCGGUAUCCAUGAUUUUGGUUUCGACUUUUUUAAUGAUUUUGAAUCAAAUAACGCCAUCAACACAACAGAAAUGGAAGGAAAGCACUAGAGAGAGAGAAGAAAAAAAGACCAUAGUAAAAAAGUACAUGAGAUUAAAUUUCCUUUGUCGAAGUUAAUUAAUUAAUGUGCACAUGUUACAAAGUACCAUGUACAUGAACUUUGGGGUAAAUUGUGUUUAUUCUUGGGGUAAUUUAUGUGAUUAUGGGUAGAAAAAAGUGGGCUUUAGAAAACAUGAACAAUUCAAAAAAAAAAAAAAAAGAAAGAAAAGGGUACAGUGACAUCAAGAAACCUGGUCAUAAUUAACAUGUGAUAUUGUUUUUGGUUUCUCUCUCAACAAACAUUUGUAAGCUUGUGUAAGAUCUAGAGAGAGAAAGAACAGAUACCAUGUUUUUAUUUAUGUAUAUUUGGCUCUUAGCAGGCCCUUUCAACUCCUGUAAACCUUGUAUUUAUUCUGGAAAUAAUAAAGAAAAGAGAGAGAGAAGAAGAUAAGGUUUUUACUCGUUUCUUU